GGCUGGACCGUGGGCUGGCACCGCUAUGCCGGUCACCGGGAAGACUUUCCGUCGGCGCCGGGCCGACUCGGAGUCGGAGGAGGAUGAGCAGGACUCAGAGGAGGUUCGAUUAAAACUGGAAGAGACCCGAGAGGUGCAGAACCUGAGGAAGAGGCCCAAUGGGGUGAGUGCUGUGGCUCUACUGGUGGGAGAGAAGGUACAAGAAGAGACCACUCUAGUGGAUGAUCCCUUUCAGAUGAAGACAGGUGGUAUGGUGGACAUGAAGAAACUGAAAGAAAGGGGCAAAGAUAAGAUAAGCGAUGAAGAAGACCUCCACCUGGGGACAUCAUUUUCUGCAGAAACCAACCGCAGGGACGAGGAUGCAGACAUGAUGAAGUACAUUGAGACAGAGCUAAAGAAGAGAAAAGGGAUUGUGGAACACGAGGAACAGAAAGUCAAGCCGAAGAAUGCAGAGGACUGUCUUUAUGAACUUCCAGAAAAUAUCCGUGUUUCCUCAGCCACUGGCUGA